AUGGCCGCCGCCGCUGCACCCCGCGUUCUUCCCCGCUUUUUGCGCGCCGCCGGCAUCCCCGCGCCGGGAACUGCGGCAUUGCCAUUGCGCGGCGCAACCGCUGCGCCAGCAAGAGCAAGAGCAGCAGCAGCAGCAGCAGGAAGCCUUGCUGCUCCUGCGCGCGCAUUCUCGGCCUGCCCAGCCGCCUGCACAAAGUCCCAGUCGGCGCGGAACGACGUGCCUGCGCCCCCGGCCGACGAGCGCGCUGCCACGGCCUCGGCCUACCUGGGCACUUCGAAGCGCCUGCCCGAGUUCAGUCUCAAGGACAAGGUCGUGCUUGUGUCGGGUGCGGCGAGGGGACUGGGGCUCACGCAGGCAGAGGCGUUGCUUGAGGCUGGUGCUACGGUAUACGCCCUCGACCGCCUCGCCUCCCCCAGCCCUGCCUUCGCGCCCCUCCAAGCCCGCGCGACGCAGGACCUCGGCACCGCGCUGCACUACCGACAAGUCGACGUGCGCGAUGCGGAAGCGCUGCACGCCACUGUGCGCGAGAUUGCCGACGCGCAUGGCCGGCUGGAUGGCCUGGUCGCGGCCGCCGGCAUCCAGCAGGAGACGCCGGCUCUGGAGUAUACCGCCGAGGACGCGAACCGCAUGUUUGCUGUCAAUGUCACCGGCGUGUUGGUUACGGCCCAAGCAGCUGCGAAACAGAUGAUUAGGUUUGGGAAUGGGGGGAGUAUUGUACUGAUUGCGAGUAUGAGUGGGACGGUAGCUAAUAGGGGUCUUAUUUGCUCGGCUUACAAUGCCAGCAAGGCGGGCGUGAUCCAGCUCGCGCGGAAUCUGGCUUCUGAGUGGGGCACCUACGGCAUUCGCGUCAACACCAUUAGCCCCGGCUACAUCGUGACAGCUAUGGUCGAGGAGCUCUUCAAGAAGUAUCCGGAGAGGCGCACCGAUUGGCCGACGCAGAACAUGCUCGGGAGGCUGAGUAGCCCCGAGGAGUAUAGGGGCGCGGCGGUGUUCCUGGUGAGCGAUGCUAGCUCAUUCAUGACUGGCAGUGAUCUAAGAAUGGACGGCGGACAUGCGGCUUGGUAG